CUGCCUGGAGGCAUGUCCCCCGCCCGGCCGCACUGCGCUCUGUUACUGCUGCUGCUGCUGCUGCUAGCCUGCCAGCCACAGGCCCCAUCUGCUCAGGUGAUGGAUUUCCUGUUUGAGAAGUGGAAGCUCUACAGCGACCAGUGUCACCACAACCUGAGCCUGCUGCCGCCCCCCACGGAGCUGGUCUGUAAUAGAACCUUCGACAAGUAUUCCUGCUGGCCCGACACCCCUCCCAACACCACAGCCAACAUCUCCUGCCCCUGGUACCUGCCUUGGCACCACAAAGUGCAGCACCGCCUCGUGUUCAAGAGGUGCGGGCCCGACGGGCAGUGGGUGCGUGGACCCCGGGGUCAGCCAUGGCGCAACGCCUCCCAGUGCCAGAUGGAUGCCGAGGAGAUCGAGGUCCAGAAGGAGGUGGCCAAGAUGUACAGCAGCUUCCAGGUGAUGUACACAGUGGGCUACACGCUGUCCCUGGGCGCCCUGCUCCUCGCCUUGGCCAUCCUGCUGGGCCUCAGCAAGCUGCACUGCACCCGCAACUACAUCCAUGUGAACCUGUUCGUGUCCUUCGUGCUCAGGGCCAGCUCCGUGCUGGUCAUCGACAGGCUGCUCAAGACCCGCUACAGCCAGAAGAUCGGCGAUGACCUCAGUGUGAGCGUCUGGCUCAGCAGCGGGGCGGUGGCUGGCUGCCGUGUGGCCGCGGUGUUCAUGCAGUACGGCGUCGUGGCCAACUACUGCUGGCUGCUGGUGGAGGGCGUGUACCUGCACAGCCUGCUGGGCCUUGCCACCUUGCCCAAGAGGAGCUUCUUCACCCUCUACAUGGGCAUUGGCUGGGGUGCCCCCAUGCUGUUUGUCAUCCCCUGGGCGGUGGUCAAGUGUCUGUUCGAGAACGUGCAGUGCUGGACGAGCAAUAACAACAUGGGCUUCUGGUGGAUCCUGCGCUUCCCCGUCUUCCUGGCCAUCCUGAUCAACUUCUUCAUCUUUGUCCGCAUCAUCCUCCUCCUCAUGGCCAAACUGCGAGCCCACCAGAUGCACUACACUGACUACAAGCUCCGGCUGGCCAAGUCCACACUGACCCUCAUCCCCCUGCUGGGGGUCCACGAAGUGGUCUUCGCCUUCGUGACCGACGAGCACGCCCAGGGCACCCUGCGCUCUGCCAAGCUCUUCUUCGACCUCUUCCUCAGCUCCUUCCAGGGCCUGCUGGUGGCGGUCCUCUACUGUUUCCUCAACAAGGAGGUGCAGACAGAGCUGCUGCGGCGCUGGCACCGCUGGCGCAUAGGCAAAGCGCUGCGGGAGGAGCAGCUCGCUAGCAGCCACGCGGCCCCGGCCGGGCCUGGCCACGGCCCCCCCAGCGAGAAGCUGCGGCUUGUGAGGGGUGGAAGCAGCAACGGGGCUGGCCAGGACCACACUGUGAAGACCCCCUCGGCCAGCGGCCUCCCUGGGUUGGCUCAGAGCCCCUUCUGA